AUGGUGAAGCGAGCCGCGAAAUGCAUGCUGUGCAGCAAAACGCGCGCUCUGCGCGAAGUCAAGAAGGAAAGCCUGCUGGAGGCUGCGAAGGCAGCUGCGAAGAAGCCACUUCCGAGGCGGUGGGGGACUGUCAAGUUGUGCGAAACUUGUGCGACGAAGCUCUCCCAAGCCCUCACGGCCAAGCGCAAGGCCAUGGGUGACGGCGAUGUUUGA